AGGAAACAAGCAAGGGAGCAGGGCGGCCGGCCAGAGCUGGGGUGUCGGGCAGCCCGGAGCGGAGCUCGGCCCGGGGGCUCAGGGCUGGUUCCCGGGGCGCGGCGCUGGAAGGGCCCGGGCAGCGAAAGUCCCGCGGCGGGUGCGGGCAGGCGCUGUAAGGGCCCGGGCGGCGGGCGGCUGCGGCCCGGAGCAGCGGGAGGGGGGAGUGCCUGCCGGAGGCGGCUCCGGCGGCUGCAGCGGGGAGCGCUGCCCGGGCACGCCGGCCACUUCACAGACGUAAGCUGCACGGGGCAGCUUUGGGUUGGACAUUAGGAGGAAUUCCUUCACAAAAGGGCUGAUUAGAUAUGGGAAGGGACUGCCCACGGCGGCGGUAGUGGCGUCCCCACCCUUGGAGGUGUUUAAGGAAAGACUGGACGCGGCACUCGGUGCUCUGGGCUGGGUGACAAAGUGGGGAUCGGUCACCGACUGGACUUGAUGGUCUCAGAGGACUUUCCCAAGCUCAGUGACUCUGGGAUUCUCGCCUUGGCCAGGGGUGGUUCGCUCCGGGCUCCUGCCGCAGGUGCCAUUCCUGCCGCUGGCAAGUGGAGCUCGCCUGUGGUAUUGCCUUUGGGAGGUUACUGCUCCUUUUGUGUUCAUUGUAACCAUGCUUCCAGCAGCGCUUGAAGAUUGCAUCUUUCUGUGUUUUUAAAUGCGAAGUAAUCCCAGUCUUGCCUCUUGGGCAGUAUUCUUAAAUCCUCCAGUGUAUUGUAAAGUUCUCUCCACUUGACUCUGCUACAAUUCUGCCUUGAGUUGGAUGGAGAAGCAACCUGGUUUGUGCAUUGCCAUGAGUGACCACUGCUUUCCUGUACUUCCCUGGUACUGAAGCCACCAGGAUUCAGUGAUGGAGGCUUUGCUGGAAGGAAUGCAGAGAAAUGGGCAGGGGAGUGGUGGAUUCUUGACCUCCUGUGAGGCUGAGCUGCAGGAGCUGAUGAAGCAGAUAGACAUCAUGGUGGCUCACAAGAAAUCCGAAUGGGAAGAGCAGACACAGGCUUUGGAAGCUUGUCUGAGUGCUCGGGAGCAGGAACUUUCCUCUGCCAAGGCCGCUCUGCAGGAAAAACAAAAGGAGGUUGGCCUGCUGCGUCGCCAGGUCGAAGAUGUGGAAAAAUCCAAGCAGGACAUGGUCAGAGAGUAUGAACAGCAGCUGAAGAAAUUCCAGGAGGAGUUGUCCCGGCUGAGGAGGAGCUAUGAGAAGCUACAGAAGAAAAAAACAAGAAGCAGAGGAGAAGCUAACAAGGGACAAGAGGAGGACAAGUUUGAAUUGAGCCGACUGACCAGGAAGCUGGAGGAGUUCCGUCAGAAAUCACUUGACUGGGAGAAGCAGCGCCUGCGGUUCCAGCAGCAGGUGGCAUCGCUGGAGGCGCAGCGCAAGGCUCUGGCAGAGCACUCCGAGCUCGUGCAGACCCAGCUGGCCAAUCGGAAGCAGGUCCUGGACUCGGUGGAGCUGGCAAGCCGCUCGGAAAUCCAGCACUUGAGCAGCAGGCUGGAGAGGGCCAAGGACACCAUCUGUGCCAACGAGCUGGAGGUGGAGAGGCUCAGCAUGAGGGUGGAUGAGCUCAGUGAGGACAAUCGCAUGAUUCUGGAAGAUCAGCAGAGAGUUCAAGAGGAAUUAAGGCAGUCCAAGAAAAUGUUAGAGGUGCUGGAGGAUGAGAAGAUGGAACUGAGAGCCACUUUGCAGUCUCAAGAAGAUUUCAUUGACAGCUCAAAGCUGCACCAGGAACAGUUACGGAAAGAGCUGGACAGGAUGACUGAAACUCUUCACACAAAAGAACUCCUGAUCAGGGCCUUGGAGGAGCGCUUGCAAGGGAAGCCCUUGUCCUCUGCAGGGCUGGAGCUGGAGCAGGUGCUGCUGCAGCUGGAUGUUGCCCAGAAGAAGGAACAGCACUUGCAGUCAGAGGUGACUCGUCUUGAGAACAGCCUAGUGUCUUCAAAUGCCAGGUGUGUGCAGCUGAGCGAGGAGCUGGGUGAGAAUCUCAAAGAGCUGCAGUCCCUGGAAGAAGACCAGACUGAGUCAAGGGCAGAGAUUAAAAAGCUGAAAGACCAGCUCUCUCAGGCUGAACAAAUGCACAGCAGUGAGGUAGAGGGGAUGAAAAGGGAGAUCUCCAGGCUGACGCGGGAGCUGCAGCAGCGGGACAUCACCAUUGCAUCGGCGAGCGGCUCCACCUCAAACCUGGAGCAGCAGCUCAGAGCAGAGAUUGAAAGAGCAGAGAGGAAAGCAGUGGAGCACAGGGUAAUUCUGGUCCAACUGGAAACCUUGAGGCUGGAAAACCGUCAUCUCUCAGAGAUUCUGGAAAAAACAGAGUGUGGUAAGCUGAAGGGGGACCAUGGCACCCUGAGAGCACUCAGGGAGGACUACACUGCUGAGCUGCAGAAAUUAAUAUCUGAGAACCACCAGCUGCGGAAGGACCUCGUAGAGACCAGGGCGAAACUGGGGGUCACUGCACAGGUGUGCCCAGGUGAACCUCAGGGCAUGGGUCAGCAGGGGCAAGGCAAAGAGCCCAGGGAUGUACAGCACAGGACAGCUCAGGAAGCACAGCACGAGCAGGAUGAACACACAGGAAGGACUCAUCUCCAGCCUGACAGGACUGCUCAGCAUCAUCACAGGGACUCCCAAAGUUGUGGGGCUGCUGAAACAGGAACUGUGACCCCUGAGGUGGGUGAGCCACCCUCCCAGAGCAGCAGCAAGAACUGCAAGGAGUCACGUGCCUGGCUGGCAGCGGAGUCUGUGCUUCACGUGGUGCCUGAAAACAAAGAUUUUGCAGAUGAAGCAUCUAAGCAGCCUGUCUUAAAUCAUCACAGAGAAUCUAUGGUUUUGUGCCCCUUGCCUACAGCUUCUGUUGGAUCCAUUGCUGCACGAUACCUGGAAGAUGAAGAAGUGAGAUCCCAGCACAUCCUGGAGUGCCUAAAUGCUCACAUUGAGGAACUGAAAACAGAGAGUGCAAAGAUAGUGAGACGAUUUGAACACCAGGAAUAAUGUUCCUUGUGGAAUUGGAAUGCUGGUUUCCUUAUGUGCUUCCAAACUGUGACUGGGAAGGUGCCUCUAUCCAGCUGGGAUUGGAGCUUGAUUGAGAGGCCGUGUGUCCCACUUGGAGCUGAAUCAGCAGGAUGGGAGUUGAGGAGAAGGAGCUUCUGUCUACAUGCUUGCUCUGAUGAGGGCUGUUACACCACAAGCAUUUUAGUCAGCUUGCCAUGGGCAUUGCCAGAGACCUGCAUCUCAGCUAUGUGCUCACUCACAAAGUUGAUGGUGUUUUUUAAAAGCAAACCAUUUGCUAGUUUUUAUGUAUUGAAAGUAUAUUUUAUACAUGUGAAAGCAUUGAAAUAAAUCAGAAUGGCCAACACCCCUUUUCUUGUUUAUACAAAUACACAAAGGGAUUCUUGUGGCUUAUAUUCCCUUCUCAUCAGGAACCUGGAUCAACACCUUUUCCAUCACAGCAUAGCUAUGUUCUUUAAGGAACAGGGAAUAAAAUUCCUCUUUCCUUUAGGCUAUC